AUGGCCGACGUCGAAUCCCCGCGCCGCGAGCGCCGUAUCCGCGAUGAUGCGUCCGAUGUCGAUGACGGCGACCGUCGACCAACUCGGCACGAGGAGCGCCCUCAUCGCGAACGUGAGCGCGAGCGUGAUCGCGAUCGUACCGACAGCUAUCGACCCGCGAAGGAGCGACGCCCAAGCCCGCCAGCAAAGACCGAGGAUGAGAAGCAGGCCAUCGCGAAGGCCGAAUACGAAAAACUUCUGUCGAUGCGAUCGGGAGGCACGUACAUUCCGCCCGCGCGACUCAGGGCACUGCAGGCUCAGAUCACCGACAAGAGCUCGAAGGAGUACCAGAGGCUGAUGUGGGAGGCGCUGAAGAAGAGCAUCAACGGUCUGAUCAACAAGGUCAACUACUCCAACAUCAAGCACAUCGUGCCUGAGCUGUUUGGGGAGAACCUGAUCAAGGGCCGCGGCUUGUUCUGCCGGUCCAUCAUGAAGGCGCAGGCCGCAAGUUUGCCCUUCACGCCCGUCUUCGCUGCCAUGGCAGCCAUCGUCAACACCAAGCUCCCGGCCGUCGGAGAGCUCCUGGUCAAGCGUCUCAUAAUGUCCUUCCGGAAGGGCUUUAAGCGCAGCGACAAGGCUGUCUGCGUCUCGUCGACGACGUUCCUGGCGCAUCUCAUCAACCACCAAGUCGCCCACGAGAGACUUGCCGGUCAGAUGCUCCUGCUCCUCCUCCACAAGCCGACCGACGAUAGCGUCGAGAUUGCCGUCAACUUUAUGCGCGAGGUGGGACAACACUUGCAGGACAUGCAGCCCGCGAUCGCCAUGGCGGUGUGGGAUCAGCUGAGGAACGUGCUGCACGAGGCGGACAUUGACAAGCGCGUGCAGUACAUGAUCGAGGUGCUGUUCCAGGUUCGCAAGGACAACUUCAAGGAUAACCCGCCCAUCAAGGAGGAGCUUGACUUGGUGGAGGAAGAGGACCAAAUCACCCACAUGGUCGACCUCGAUGGCGAGAUCGAUGUGCAGGAUGGGCUCAAUAUCUUCAAAUACGACGCACAGUGGGAGGAGCAUGAGGAGGCGUACAAGAAGCUGAAGGCAGAGAUUCUGGGCGAGGGCAGCGAUUACGAGGACGACGACGAUGAGGAUGAGGACGACGAAAGUUCGGAAGACGAAGAGGAUGAGAAGGAGAGGGCAAUGGAGAUCAAGGACCAGUCCAACACCGACUUGGUUAAUCUGCGCCGCACGAUCUACCUGACCGUCAUGUCAUCCAUUGACCCGGAGGAAGCAGUACACAAGCUACUCCGCGUCAACCUUCCGGCUGGGCAGGAGCCUGAAUUGCCAUCCAUGAUCGUGGAAAUCUGCUCUCAGGAGAAGACCUACUCCAAGUUUCACGGGCUUAUUGGUGAGCGCUUCGCCAAGCUGAACCGGCUGUGGACAGGCCUUUUCGAAGACUCCUUUGCCGACUAUUACAACAAGAUCCACCGCUACGAGACGAACAGACUGCGCAAUAUCGCGCGUUUCUUUGCGCAUUUGCUUGCGACUGACGCCAUCGGCUGGCACGUGUUGUCUGUCAUCCACCUCAACGAAGAGGAGACGACCAGCAGUUCCAGAAUUUUCAUCAAGAUUCUCUUCCAGGACAUUUCGGAGGAGAUCGGCAUGGCGAAGCUCCAGGCGCGCAUGAAGGACGAGAUUCUUCAGCCCAGCUUCACUGGUCUCUUCCCGCGCGACAACGCUCGAAACAUCCGUUUCUCCAUCAACUACUUCACCAGUAUCGGCAUGGGUGCCAUUACAGAGGCAUCCCGUGAAUACCUCCAAAACAUGCCCAAGCCCGCACUCCCCGCACCGGCAGCUGCCGACGACUCGGACUCCGAGGACCACCGCGACGACUCGCGCUCGGCAAGCCCGCCCAGAAGGCGGGGCCGCUCAGUCAGCUACUCUCGGUCGCCAUCUCCGGCCCGAAAUGGCCCCAGAGAUCGCAGUCUCAGCGCGACGCCGCCUCGCCGCGCCAGGAGGGAUAGCUACUCCGCCAGCAGAUCACGAUCACCCCCUCCGAGAAGGGCCCGAUCCGAGUCUUACUCCGUCAGCCCUCCGCCCGCUCGAGGCGCGCCUCGUGGUCGCAGUCCUAAGCAGGAAACUCGCCGGCCCACGAGACGGAAUAGCUCGUCGGCCAGCAGUGCGCCGCGGAAGCGCGCCCGCUACGACAGCCGCUCGCCGAGCAGGUCUCCUAGUCGUUCGGGGAAGCCGUUCUCCUUCGCCUCGCGGCUCCGUCUCACCGCCUCCCGUGUCUCGAAAUGGUCGUCCGCGGUCGUACUCCAGGUCGGCGAGCCCGCCGCCCAGGCGAAACGCACCGCCGAGGAGAGAUUCGCCGGUGAGGGAUAG